GUUGCAUAAAAAACAUGGAUGCAAUUAAGAAGUCGAAGUAGAAGAAGAAAAGGGAGGAGGAGGAGGAAGUAAUACGCCUCGAUGCGUCUACGCUGCCUUAAUAAUAGAAGAAGAAGAACGACGUCCUUAUUAUUAGUAGGCUACCCGAAGAAGAAGAAAGGGAUAUUAUGUAGGCUAUGUACUUCCUAGAGGUGUAUUAACAUCUUGCAUGCAUCGUGUAUGUUAGUGUACGUAAUAGAAACUCAGUCGCCAUCAUUUCAUGUAGUGUAGAGAAGUUGUAGCAACCGUAGACUUGAGCUAUCGGCGUGUCGCUGGAGGAAACGGACUAUGUCGGGAAAUAAAACAAAGAAAGUCAAAAUGGCUACAAAAUCUUGUCCUGAAUGUGACCAACAGAUUCCUGUUGCAUGCAAGUCCUGCCCAUGUGGUUAUGUGUUUAUUAGCAGAAAACUCCUAAAUGCCAAGUUAAAUGAACGUCCUUCAGCAAUAGCAGACAAACUGGACUUGAAGCGGAGGAGGACAGAGCGUAUUCGCAGAGAGAGAAGUGACUCUCCUUUAACCCAUGACAUGGAGAACAGGAGAAGAUCCCGGGCCAACAGUCAAUCAGAUCCUAUCCGGAGGGGACGGGGUAGACCAAAAUCAGUGGGUUUGAAGAAACAGGAAGAGGAGAGAGGUAAUAUAGAGAAGCAAGAGAAGGAAGUGGAUAUUUAUGCCAAUCUUUCUGAUGAGAAGGCCUUUGUAUUUUCUGUGGCUUUGGCAGAGAUCAACCGCAAGAUCCUGGGUCAAAGACUCAUUUUAUAAAUUAAAGCCUGACUAACUGAGAAGGAUAUAUUUUAGGAAAACUAUCAAAUACCAAGACAAUGACCAAAGAAGACAGAACUAACUGGAUCUGAAUUCUGACCUGGAUGUGUUUCACUUGGAUGAUGGGAUGAAGCUUCAGACUGAAGGAGUGAAUGUUGCCAUUCUAAGAAGUCACACCUCGAGUUAUACAGUCACUAUAGACAUACAAACGUAUGUUUUUGGAAUAAAGAAUGAGAAUAGUUUGCGUGCUGUGCACUGAUAACAUUUAUCACCUGUUCUGUAAAUGCAAACUCCUCAGUGUAUCAAUCCACAUCCAUCUACAUAUCGUACUAUGUUCCAGAGGCCUGUAAGUUUACAUACAUUGAAUUUAGGGGAGUGCGGGACUAAGGAAAUACUGUAUUCUUCUUAUUUGAAAUAAAUUAUCAAGUGAACAUCUUCAGCUGGGUGUCUUCUUAUGAACUGAAGAUGACUGCUCAUUUAUUUAACAUAAUUCAAAGUAAGACAUAACAGUUCAAUAUUAUAGCAGUUAAUAAUAAUAAUAUUUUGAUCAGAUUUAUAGCCAAUGAGUUCUUAAUGCCAAAAAGUGAUAAAUCCCAUCUUUUGCUUCGUUUGUGGCUGAUUUGCUGUAUUCUGUACAAGCUUGACUAAUCUCAAACAAAUGUAUUAAGAUUAUGUGAAGGGACAGGCUGGAGGAGCUUUAUAGUUUACAGAUUGUUAAAUAGCCAGUGUAUAUU